AUGCAAGACCGUUGGCCGGGGAGGGGAGGAGUGUGUGUGGCUUGCCGACGCGUAUCCUCGUUGACCUUUCGGGUGAGGAAGAAGGCAUUGCUGUAUCAGCAGGCUGGUCGGAACAAUUCUUCACGCGUACCUACCCUUCGGCCGUCGGCAAUGAGGGGGAAGUACGUCAAGGAAUCGUUGUUGUCGGAGCACCACAAACCCAUUGACUGCAGCAGCGCUUUGAAAAUAACAUUUGGGGAAAACUUUGACGAAACAAUAGCUGAAAUCACGUGGCCUAGCUCGCUGCAACAGCUCGAGUUUGGCACAUUGUUCGACCAGCCGAUCGUAUCGGUCAAAUGGCCACGGUCUCUUGAGAAAAUCAUAUUCAACGGCCUGUUCAACCAACCGAUAGAGGGUAUCUCGUGGCCACACCAUCUUCGCGAGCUGAACUUGGGGUUUGGGUUCAACCAGCCAAUUGAGGAUGUCGCGUGGCCGAAGUCGUUGCAGAUUCUUUCGUUUGGAACCUUUUUCAACCAAACGAUUGAACGGGUCAAGCGGUCACCACUCGUCAACCUGGAGCUCGAGGUGGACUUCGACCAUAAGCUUUCUGAAGUCGAAUGGCCGGAGUGGCCCAGCUUGCUUCAGGAGCUAGCGUUUGGUGACAUGUUCAACAAGCGUAUCGAAAACGUUUCUUGGCCUGACCGGCUCAAGAAGCUGACCUUCGCGUGCAAGUUCGACCAGCCAAUCGAGCGUGUGACGUGGCCCGCUUGUCUCGAGGUGCUCGUCUUUGGAGAUAAGUUCAACCAGCCGAAUGAAGGUACCAAGUUUCCGGCAACGCUCAAGAAGCUCACAUUGGGGCCCAAUUUCUUGCAGCCUUUGGACAACGUCUCAUGA